AUGUUUUUUAAGUAUGUUUGUUGAAUUAUUAGUAGUUUUGGUCGAUUCUUUGGAUUUGGUUUUCAAUCUAAAUUAGAUAAUUUACUUAAAUAAGAGAAUCUAACAUUAGAAACAAUCUUAAAUGAAGAUGAUAUAUUAUAAGAAUUGAAAAUGUCAAGUUCAGAGAAAUUUGCUGAUUUGUAAAAUAUUUAAAUAAUAUUUUUAGCAUUAUCUCACAUCCAAAUGAAUAUUAAAAAAUGAUCCACUAUAUUAUUGAUGAAGUCUAACCAUAAUAAUAAGAUAUUAACAUAUACAUUAAGUAAUUUUAUUAUUUGAUCAUUAGAUAUCAAUUUAUAAUAAGUGAAGUAUUUGGUUCUGAGAAUGAAAAACUCAUUAAUUAUUUAUUUGAUAAACCUAUUGAAAACAACUAAGAAGAAGUAUAAAAUCCUUUGGAGGAUUAAUAUACUGAACCUAUACCAUCAUUAGAAUAAUAAAAUAAAGAAUUAAUUAGAUAAAACUUACUUGGUGAUUUCCUUUAAGUUUUAGAAAAUGAUACUCUAAUAAUAACUACAGCUGGUUAUGUUAAUAAAAUAAUUGGAGCCAUUAUUCAUAAAAGAGGUCAUGAUGUAAAAAUCUAUUACAUUUAUAAUAGUUUUGGGAUUAUAUAAUAAAAAAUCCAAAAAUCAUUUCAAAUCUCUUCAAGCAUAUUGAAGUAAAACAUAUAUCUGAAAUCAUUGAAAAAUUGAUUAUUUUAGACACAAAUUAAGAAGAAAAUGAUGAUAAACAUUAUAUCAAAGAAAGAUCUGACUUAAUUAUUAGAUUAUAGAAAUUUUUAACUAUUAACUCAGAUUCAAAUAAUAUUGUUUCUAAUGUUUGUGAUAUAUUCAUUGAAUUAUAUAAGAAAGCAUUAAUAUCACUUGAAACUAUAUCAUAUUUUAGAACAAUUUUACUUAAUAUUCCUUAACCCUAAUAUUUCAUGAAUUUAGCUAUUUAAACAUAAAAUACUUCAGUGUAUAACUUAUUAAACAUUCAAUAUGAAUUUUAUUCAAAAAAUUAAUUAUUAGAGGAUGGCAAAUAUGCAGUUGAUCUAAAAAAUCUAUAUUCUAGUUUAAUUUCAUAAUUACCUUAAGCCUUAAUUUAAGAAAACCUCUUUAAAUUACCUUUUUAAACUUCAAAAGGAGAUCUAAUAUAUCCACUUGGUGAUUCUAAACUGUCAUUAAUUUCUUUCAUUAUAUAACUUGUUUAAAGAGAAGAAAUAGCAAAUGAAAUUUAACAAAAUACCAUUUUUUAAAAUAUCCUAAUUCUAAUAAUCAAAUAUUCCUCUAAUAACUAAUUAUAAAUCUUGUUUGAAAAACUUGUUACUACAAUUAUUUAAAGCAAAAUACCUCAUCUUUAAAAACUUUUAUUCUAAGAUUAAAUAAUUUAAAAAUUUUUAAUAUAGAAUAAUGGAAUAGAAAAAAGAUAAUAGAAACCAUUUUAUUAAGGUAUUUUAACAAAAAUUACUAAUUAUCUUAAUUCUAAUAUUAAUUAAUCAGAAGACUUAGCUAAUUCCAUUGAUCAGAUAAAAGAAGAAUGGUAAACUUAUAUAGAAUAAUUAAAUGAAGUAAACUAAAAAGAAUUAUAAUGGAUGUGUGGAGUUAAUCCUAGAGUAAAGGAAUAAAUGAAUUCAGGAUCUUCUAGUCCAUUCAUGCCUGAUCCACUAAUUUCAUAUUAAGGAAUAAGAAAAACAGAAAAUGAUGAUGAUAAUUCUGCCAUUCAAUAAUAAAAUGAUUUUAAUGAAACUGAACCUUAAGAGAAUUCUAAUAAUGAAAUUUAAUCUGAAAAUAAAGAUUAAUAAAUUUAAUUAGGAUUUAUUUAAAUUUCUAUUCCUGAUACAAAUUAAAAUUAAAGUGAUAAUAAUAAUAAUUAAGAAGAAGAUCAAAAUUAAGAAAUUCUAAUUUAGAAUAAUAAUUAAUAAUAAGAAAUAAAACAAAAUGUAUUGAUAUCAGAACCAGAACCAACAGAAUUGAUUGAUUAAUAAUAACAAAAUUAGUAAAAUCUUUAAUAUGAAGAAUAAGAAAAUUAAUAAGAAUUAUGUGAACCAGAACCAUAACAAUAAAAUUAAUUUUAAAAUUAAGAACCUUAAGCAGAACCAGAUGGUAUUUAAUAAGUUUUAGAAUCUAAUUCUUAAGUUUAAGAUGAUAAAUGA